CCGGAUUUGUUUUUCUUCCGUUUUGUCAUCCGUGAAACUAGGGUUUGUCGAUGUAGAUUUCAGCCCAGUUCUCUGCUUCUUACGACAAGAUUCAUUCAAAGGUGACAGCAAAGUGGCUUCGAGAAAAGAACAAUGGAGCAGAAGAGUAAAAAGAGAAAGUUAUCUCAAGGGUCUCCCAGCAGACAAGUUGUAUUCCCUGGCAGUGGAGAACUCAUCAAACCCUGUCCUACUAAACCACCUCCGCCCCAGAGUAUCAUCAUCCACAUGAUGGACAUUGCUGAGCCGCUGUCUAGUCUCAAGAAAGCCCUGGAACAGAGGUUGCAGUGCAGUCUCAAGGACCAUGAGAUCUACUUGCAAAACGAGAGACUGUUGGAUGAAAGCAACAGUCUACUGGAGCAAGGGGUGAACGCAGAGGGAACCCUGCAGUUUAGUGUGGAGGUCAUUUCUGCUCAAGGGGUAAGGCCUAGAAUGAACAUUGUGGAUGUCAUAAAGCCGAUCACGAUUGAAGUUGUAGAUAACGCACCACCAGCCACUGAGGUUGAAGCUACCACUAAGUGUAAGUGGGUGGUGUGCAACAACUACCGGGAGGUGCAAGAAAGGCUGGGCAUGCCAACAAAUCCCAAAGACUGGAGCAAUGUCCACACCCAGCACUGGUUGGAUUGGGUCAUCAACGAGUUCAAGAUAACAAACUGCCCUGUGCCGGACCAUCUCCAAGUCGGGGGAGAGAAGCUUUGUGCGCUGACUAAGCGAGAGUUUCUAUCCGGGCUUCCCAGGCAGGCAGGAGAGUUGAUGUGGAUACACUUGGACCUGCUGAAAAGGACAGAUCAAGAAGGCAUGAUGAAGGUUCCAGAACGGGAACUUCGCAUCACCGGUUUUGGUUCUGAGGACAAGCUGAACUCACACGGAAACAGAACAGGGAACAACGGGCAGAUUCAGCUUUGGCAGUUCCUCUUGGAGAUGCUGACAGACCCAACGAUGGUGCAUUGCAUCUGCUGGGUGGGUACUCAGGGGGAAUUCAAGCUGCUAGAUGCUGAACUGGUGGCACAGAAAUGGGGAGAGCGAAAGAACAAGCCCUCCAUGAACUACGAGAAGUUGAGCAGGGCUCUCAGGUACUACUAUGAUGGAGAUAUGAUCGCCAAGGUCCAUGGGAAACGCUUUGUCUACAAGUUUGUCUGCGACCUCCGGCAUCUCUUGGGCUACAGCGCGGAGGAACUAUCUGCCCGAGUGGCACAGUGCAACAAGAACAAAUCCAAAAAGGUCCCCAUCCCCAGGAACCCUGUCGACGUCAACUCGCCCAAAUACUACAUUGAAAAAGUGAUGACGAGUCUGGGUGCCAAACCCUGACCCUGCGGCUGACAAACUGAAAUGCUGUCUGUAUUGGGACGGUUGUAUUCAAAUGUGGAGUUUUGUACCUCAUGCAUUUGGGAAGUGCUGAGAUCAGUGAUGCUGAUAUUCAGAGGAACUCUGUUUAACAGCCUUCUUCACUUCUUUAAUGAGCCCCGAGUGCAACCCAGAGAGGGCACAAUUUUCCUAGCACCAGAGACUCCCCUGGUAGAAACUACACUUUCCUUGUUCACAAAUGAUUAUGAAAUGCAUGCGUUCCGGUCGCGCAGCCACCAACAAAAAUGAACACUCCCGACCAACAUGGCUCUUUUCAAGUGAUGGGAGGGUGCUUCUACUCACGCCAGAUAAGAAGAGCCCGACUGUUUCCAGACAGACAGAAAAUGCUCUGCGGUCUGCAAUUACCGUGAUGGAAAGUUCUUGUCGUGUGAGAGAAUCGUGACCACUUCAUCUUGCUUUGGAUGUGAAGCAGAGACACGCGUAACCCUCUACAGUAAAGAGCAAGCAGCCUAGAUCUGUGAUCUAGAGAACUUAGGAGUUGAUUCAGGACGAUCAGUCCAGGUUCCUCUGUCGCUGACUUGCUGAUCUUGUCAGUAGUCGGCAAGAGUACAAACAGUAAUAUACCCGAAUGUGAAUGAUGCACAGGCUAACUACAUGUACAGUUGACAAUUAUUUCCUGCAAUAAUGUGGGACAUGAUGUUUUUACACUCGAGUGACUCAUAGCACCCGACAUAAAGACAAAGGUGCUAUGCUUCCCGGUGGUUAUUUCCCACAUCAUGACGGUCAGGAAUACCUUGGUUAUACCUUUGUCUCGAAUUCUUUGUGAUAUUUUCCCUCACCUGAAGGUCUGAAAUGACAUCAAAGCAACAGACAUCUGGGCCUGCUGUAUGUUGCACAGCUUGUGCCACUCUCACGGACUCGUUGCAUCGGCCUAAUCUGUUUGAUUUUGUUGGUUGCAGGUGGUUUGCUCGAAAGCAAUAUCCUGAUGUCUUAAAAAAAACAUUUUCUGGAGGAAAGCCUGAAUGUGUGUUCAAGCUUAGCAGACAUUACUGUAAGGAAUUUAUAUGAAGAAAUGAACUUCAACCGUGAACAAAAAAUGGCCACAUUCAACUGCCGAUUGUAUCGUAGUGCCUUCACUAGAGUUUACUGUUUUGGUUGGUAUGAUAAAAGAAGCAGCAGUGCCAAUGAAUAGUCUGGUUAGCGGUCCCUAUAUUACAGUUUAUUCUGUGGGUCAGGGACUAAUCUGUAAUAUUACGAUGUGAUUUGAUCGCCAGUGAUGAGGGUGCAAACCGGUUUUGUUUUUUUUUUGCCGGUCAUGUGAUUGUUCUUGGCCAAUGAAAAAUACAGUAUUCACGACAGAGGUAUAACAAGUCAGAUUUGGUAACUGCACAGUUUUUAGGCAGACUUUUUUGAGAAGACAGCAUGUCCACAUCUGGAUAGUUACAACGCUGUACCAUGUAGCUACAGUAAUUAUUGGGACAAUAAAGACACCCUGCUAAACUCCUGAAUUUUCUAUUGCCAUUUGUCAAGGAACUUUCCCUUUUUUUAUAAUUGUGGGUUUUGAAAUUGCAGGGUUUACUGAAUAAA